UCCUCUCCUGUCUUCUGUUUUUCUUUCUCUUUGUUUCUUUCUCAUUUCUUGUGUUUUUUCCCUCCUCUCCCAUUGUUUUGAAUCCACAAUCUCAUUGGUGUGGGGAGGAAGUGGCAUACCAAUUGGACCAACCUCAAUUGACUUCUUUCUCAAUUCUCAAUAUUAUUAGAAACAUAAAAGAAGAGGUAGCUAGCUAGCAAUACAGUGAUGGCAAUUGAGAUUGAAGUUGAGGCUGAGCAACGUUGUGUUGAGGCUGAGCUACCUUGUGUUGAGGUUGAGCUAUCAAAGAUAGCAGUUUCAGAAACUCACGGAGAAGACUCGCCAUAUUUCGCAGGGUGGAAAGCGUACGACGAAGACCCUUACGAUGAAACUACCAACCCAUCGGGAGUCAUACAGAUGGGAUUGGCAGAGAAUCAAGUUUCAUUUGAUUUACUGGAGAAGUACUUGGAAGAGCAUUACUAUAAUAAUAAUUAUUCAGAUCAAGAGGCACGGAGCUGCGGGUGGACGGGAAAAGGAGGAGGAGUGUCAGUGUCAAGCAGAGCAGGGGGGUUCAGAGAGAAUGCUUUGUUUCAGGAUUACCAUGGGCUUUUGUGUUUCAGGAAGGCAAUGGCCAGUUUUAUGGAGCAAGUUCGAGGAGGGACGGCCAAGUUCGACCCAAGCAGGCUGGUGCUGACUGCGGGAGCCACCGCGGCCAAUGAGCUUCUCACAUUCAUCUUGGCGGAUCCUGGGGAUGCGCUGCUGGUCCCCACCCCUUACUAUCCUGGCUUCGACAGGGACUUGAGGUGGAGAACCGGCGUGAAGAUCGUGCCCAUCCACUGCAACAGCUCCAAUGGUUUCCAGGUCACCACUGCGGCCUUGGAAGCCGCGUACGCCCAGGCGCAAUCCAUGAACCUCAAAGUGCGAGGCGUUCUCAUCACCAACCCAUCCAACCCUCUCGGCGCCACUCUCCGCCGUUCCGUCCUCCAAGACAUUCUCGACUUCGUCGCCCGCAAGAACAUUCAUCUCGUCUCCGACGAAAUCUACUCGGGAUCCGUCUUCUCCUCCGCCGAGUUCGUGAGCGUCGCUGAGAUUCUGGAAGCCAGGGGAUACAGAGACUCGGAAAGAGUGCACAUUGUUUAUAGCCUUUCCAAAGACCUCGGCCUUCCAGGCUUCCGAGUUGGCACCAUUUACUCUUACAACGACAAGGUGGUCACCACCGCCAGGAGGAUGUCCAGCUUCACCUUGAUAUCUUCUCAAACGCAGCAGCUCUUGGCUUCCAUGCUGGCCGACAAGGAUUUCACUCACAAUUACAUCCACACUAACAGGGACAGACUCAAGAACAGGUACAACAUCAUCAUCCAAGGCCUUAAGAGCGCCGGGAUUGAGUGUUUGCAGGGUAAUGCCGGUUUGUUUUGCUGGAUGAAUUUAAGUCCCCUCCUCGACAAACCCACCCAAGAAGCCGAACUGUCCCUUUGGAAUUCCAUCCUCCAUCAAGUCAAGCUCAAUAUAUCUCCUGGCUCUUCUUGCCACUGCUCUGAACCAGGUUGGUUUCGGGUGUGCUUUGCCAACAUGACUGAGCACACACUUGAAGUCGCAUUGAAAAGAAUACACACUUUUAUGCAAAACAGAAAUCGCAAUUAAUUAAUUAGAAUAUAUGCAUAUACCACAUCCAAAAAAAUAUAAACCUAUAUAUUAUCUUCUCAUUAUAAGUAAUCUCCAUAUUAUACCUUCGAUCUUCUUCUUCUUUUUUUAUGGUUCCAGCCAUUUCCAUUAUAUUCUUUUGGAUGACAACCAAAUUUGAUCAGCAAACUGGUGGCUUGUCUCACCUAUGACUAUCCGAUACUGUACUAUAUCAAGAUUUACUUGAAAGCAUCUAUACACCAUUGUUUUCUUGCUUUGGCCAUCUAAGCAAGUUGUCUUGCUUCGCUUCAAUCGGCAAAGCAAGUUAAUUUCUC